AUGUUUCACAAAAUCGACCCACAUUUUAAUGGUGAUAAUAAUGUAGAUGGUGGUGAUAUAGAUCAUGUAAAUAAUGGUAACGUAGAUGAUGGCGAUGUAGACGAUGGUGAUGUAGAUGACGGUGGUGUAGAUGAUAAUGACGUAGAUGAUAGUGGCGUAGAUGAUGGCAAUGUAGAUGAUGGUGACGUAGAUGAUGGUGGCGUAGAUGAUGGCAAUGUAGAUGAUGGUGAUGUAGAUAAUGGUGGUGUAGAUAAUAGUGAUGUACAUGAUGGUGAUAUAGAUGUUGCUGUAGUAGACGAUGGUAAUGUAGAUAAUGGCGAUGUAAAUGAUGGUCAUGUAGAUUAUGGUGAUGUGGAUGGUGGCAAUGUAGAUGAUGGUGAUGUAUAUGGUGAUGAAGAUGUUGCCGAUGUAGGUGAUGGUGAUGUAGGUGAUGGUGAUGUAGAUGAUGGUGAUGUAGAUGAUGGUGAUGCAGAUUAUGGUGGAUAA